UAAAAUGUGAACUAAAUAAAAAGGAAAUAUAAAAGAUAUAAAUUCAGGCAAUUCCAGAUGUAUAUCAAUCAGAAGUAUUUCAAACCAGGAAGAGUUAUUUAGCCUCACUAAAUGGGGUAACGCUUCGUGUGCUCUCUUUGCUUUUUUCUGAUUUUGAAGUUAAAAGUCGCGUGUGAAAGUAGCAAGUUGAAGGAAAAAAUGGUUUCAUUGCAAGUAAACGGCGACUUCUACAGGAAAUAUAAGUUUCAAAUUUUGGCAACAUUUGCAGUGAGCAUUGUUACAUUCACCCACGGAAAUGCAAAUUCAUGGUCUGCGACGGCAAUUCCUCUGCUGCAGUCAGAGAACACGCCGAUACUAACUGGUCCAAUAACCAUGGAAGAGGCUUCAUGGAUUGGUUCCUUAGCAAGUUUUGGCGGCAUAGCUGGGAACUUUAUAGGAGCAAUACUGAUAAAUCUUAUUGGUCAGAAGAAAGUCCUCAUGUUGAUGUUCAUCCCCCAUAUGAUCUUGUGGUUAACAUUGAUAUUCGGUAAUCUAGUGUGGCAUCUAUACCUUGCUCGGACCGUUAGUGGAAUGGCUGGAGGGAUGCUAUACUUAGCGAUACCAACAUACAUAGCUGAUAUUGCAGAUAAUAAGAUUCGUGGCAGAUUAGGAUCAGCUUUCAUGUUUACCAUAAAUGGUGGCAUGCUCUCGGGGUAUAUGCUUGGCGCAUACGUUAGCUAUGGACUUUUCCCUCAAAUAUUGUUUGGCUUCUCCGUUGUAUACUUUCUAGUCCUGUUUCGCUUACCAGAAACACCUCAGUUCUUGAUUAAAAAGAAAAGAUACGAAGACGCUGAAAAAUCCUUGAGUUUCUACAGAAAUGUUAAACAAGCAACAAAAGAAGAGAAGGAUGAAUUUGACGAGUACCUUAAAAAUUUAACAAAAACGAUUGAAGGAAGUGAUGAAUCCGAGCAGUCGAAUUUAUCCUUUCGUGAUUUCUUGGAACCCGCUGCUGUAAAAGGGAUCGCAAUCGGCUUGGGAUUACUAGCUCUUAACCAGUUCAGUGGUCUCUACGCAGUUACUCUGUACACAUCAACAAUUUUUCAACUAUCAGGUUCCAGCCUUGAUCCAAACACAUCAACCGUGAUCUUUGGCGCUGUUCAACUUGUGGGAACUUGUAUUGCAGCUGCUCUUGUAGACCACGCGGGAAGAAGGAUCCUCCUAAUUGUAUCGUGUCUUGGAGCAGCACUGGGCUCCUGCGGACUUGCUAUUUUUUCCUACUUAAGCCAAACACAAGAUUUGAGCCACUUGAGCUGGAUUGCAGUGGCCAGCUUGUCGUUCUUCAUUUUGCUAGGUUCGUUUGGAUUGGUCCCAGUGCCCUAUAUAGUGUUAACAGAGAUAUUACCACAAAAGGUGAAAGCUGCUGCAGUCAUAUUUUGCAUAACCAUGCUCAGCAUUAUAGGUUUCGCUGUCGUCAAGUGCUAUCCUGUCCUAAUGGAGAAAAUUGCUCUUCAUGGCGUUAUGUGGAUAUCAUCUGCGUUGACCACUAUUGGCGCGGUAGCAAUUUAUUUCUUUUUGCCUGAGACGAAAGGUAAACGCCUUGAAAAAAGUGACAAUGUAGCCUAACCUUUAGGUAUCUAAUUAGCAGCAAUAUUUUCAAUAUUUGUAAGGUCAAAAGUUUGAAUUGUAUAUACGAGAAUGUGAUAACAUUAAUUGAAUUUUGGAAAGAC